CCCGAGGAAAUCAAGCGUUGGAUAAAGUUUUUCCCCAUAUGUAUAUAACUUUUUAUAUGAAGUUUGAUGCAUUCCAGUGUAAUGUGGACAGCGUAUUUUUCCUGUGCAUUUUACACAAAAACAAGGCAACCUUGAAUGGCAAAGUCCGUGAUUUCCUUCAAAUCAAAUUUUGACUGGACUUCAUGUGAGUAUCACUGCCAGCCCUAACAUUUUGCUAUUUCAAGCAUUUGUUUUGGUACAUACACAUUGUCUGGUGUAGCCACACCCUCCCCCUUUGUACUUUUGAAACCCUCUCUUCGUUUUGUCUGUUUUUGUGUGGAAAAUGCCGGGUGGUUGCAUAACCGAAGCAUAUCUGGCUGGGCAGUGAAAAAAAACAGACAAUGUUGGGCAUUUGGACAGGGUAGGUAUACGUACGGGGGUGGUUAUACUUGGUUUAUUAUUAUGUACUCACUAAUACAUGUAUGUCUCAACAACUUGGUAGCGAGGUAGAAAGGCAAAGCAAAAGCAUUUAACAAGUCAACUAACGCAGGACAGCUCUUUAAAGAAGAAGAGCUGCCAAUAUGUAUGUCAAUGUAUGUCAUUGUUCUCAGGCAGUCCAUCAAUCGGCAUUGGGUUAUAACUUCCCUCUUAACCAAAGUCUCCACCAGGCCAGAGGAGUCAAGGUGUGUGUGAUGGACACGUCCGCAGACACUAGCACCGAUGACCAGCAGAAGAAGGAAACUAGAAGUGGUGGCAAGCCCAAGACAAAACUCUCUAGUGGGCCACCGUUCUCAUUAAAGAAAUGGAAUGCUGUUGCUAUGUGGCAGUGGGACGUUGAGUGUGACACUUGCGCCAUCUGUAGAGUACAAGUUAUGGACGCCUGCUUGAGAUGCCAAACAGAGGGAAAACAAGAGGAGUGUGUAGUUGUUUGGGGAGAAUGCAACCACUCUUUCCACAAUUGCUGCAUGCAGCUAUGGAUCAAACAGAACAAUCGCUGCCCACUCUGCCAGCAAGAGUGGGUGGUUCAGCGCUUUGGUAGUUAGGUUAUCUCUGAAUAAACCAUGUACAGUAAUGGUGUGUCAUAUUAAUACACAAGUCUAAUACAAUCCUUUGCAUUCUGUUCCAUCUGUUUCUUGAACAACCUGCAUAGAGACUCAUGAAAAGCACUAAAGUACAAACCCUCGGCCCUAGGAUGCGAGCGUUGAAUAAUUGAUGGUACGGGCC